AUGGGACUCUUCGUUCCGCUCACUAUCGUCCUGACUGUCGGCUACGUCGUUGGAACAACGAUAUAUGAUCUCUUCUUCCACCCAUUGGCAAAGUAUCCGGGGCCUUUUCUAUGUCGCAUCUCACGCCUGCCGUCUUUCUACCAUGCGUGCAAAGGCGAUCGCCACAUAUGGUCCUGGCAGCAGUUCCAGAUUUAUGGGAGCAAGUUCCGGGCGGCGCCAAAUAUGCUUCUCUUCGACACUCCAGAAGCUUACAACUCGCUCUUCAGCUACAAAGCCAAUGUCAUGAAAUCAGGGUCGUAUGCCGCGUGGGCUCGUAACAAACACGACUUCAACACCUUGUCUACCAUAGACGUUGCAGGACAUGCGAAAAAGCGGAAGCUGUUGGCGCUAGCCUUUACGGAUCAGUCGGUAAAGGCAGCGCAGCCGUUCAUGGCGCGACAUAUUGAUCGAUGGAACGAGGUUCUGCCUGGGGAGACGCCGGGCGACGAUGGAUGGGGCGAGCCGAGAAAUAUGUCGACUUGGGCGGAUUACUUGGUGUUCGACGUCCUCGGAGAUUUGUGCUUUGGCAAGAGCUUUGAAACGAAGGAGCCUGGAGAGAACAAGUUGAAGUCGAUCCCGCACGACAUUGCGGACUCCAUGAGAAUUCUGUUCCCAAUCACCAAAUCGCCUGCACUGGAGUUCGUGCUUUGGCUCAAACCUCGCGGCUUGGACAAACUCAUUGAACUCGCGACGCCCCAGAACAUGAAGGACUAUUUUACUUUCGCUGAUAGUUCUGCGAUGCAGCGCCUCAAGGCUGAACGAGAUCGCGAAGCUGUGAAGGCUCCUGUAGAGAGAGAAGACAUGUUCCAUUUCCUUUGCACAGCCCGAGAUCCCGACACCGGCGAGCUUGCUUUCGGCGAAGCAGAGCUGAAAUCGGAAGCAACGCUGCUAAUCGUGGCUGGAUCCGACACCACGUCGACGACGAUGGCCGGCCUGUUCUUCUACCUCACGCAUUAUCCGCGUGUGUAUGCGAAACUGGUCAAAGAGAUUCGGCAGACUUUCAGUAGCCCAGAGGACAUUGUCCACGGCCCGUUACUGGCGAGCUGCCACUACCUACGCGCAUGCAUUGACGAGGCGUUGCGUGUAGGGCCCCCCGGACCAAGCGAAUUUGAGCGACAGGUGCUGCCGGGCGGAACUACGAUUAACGGCGAGUUCUUUCCCCAAGGCGUCGUCCUCGGUAUACCGCACUGGUCAUUGUUCAGGAACGAAAGGGUGUGUCCCGACCCGAAUGUCUUCCGGCCAGAGAGAUGGAUUGUGUCGGAUCACGAAGACACUCUGAAUACCCCAGAACAGGUCAGCUUCCUGAAACGCAGCUACCACCCAUUCGGCAAGGGUGUGGGCAGCUGUCUAGGCCAGAAGCUUGCGAUGCAGCAGUUGUCAAUGACCGUGGCGCGGACGCUGUGGCGGAUGGACGUGAGGCUGGCGCCUGGCGAGGAGAUUGGUGCGGGAAGGCCGGAGCUGGGUUGGGGGAGGAGGGAUCCGAAUACGUACCAGCUGGAUGACGCGUAUAUCUCUUUGCGCAAUGGGCCGAUGGUGCAGUUUAGGGAGAGGAGCGGUCUUUGA